AUGCUUCGGUAUGGUUUCUCAGUGCAAAUAUCCAUGAUUUAUGAUCUCUUGGAUCACGAUGCUCACGCACGGCAGUCCAAGAAUCUCUUCGAUCACAUCCGGAGAUUCGAGUUCCCUCGUCUCCUGCUGUGCUGGACCGUCGUCACAUCCACGGCCAUUCUCAUGGCAUUCGCCAAGAAGGUGUUUGAUUUGAUGUCCCCAGUGAGAGUGGUAGCAACAUACAGCCAGAUUCCUCGUUGGUGGCUCUUCUCCUCUCAAGUUCCACCACCAAAAAACUCUAAUCUUCGUUUGAGUUCGUCAAGGCGGCUAACCCUCGAGGGUGAGAGUGAUGUUCCUCUGGAGGACGAAAGCUGUUUGAAGGAUCACGUCAUUGGCAUUCUAAUGGAUCCAUGGAGGCUGCUUGCUCUUGUCCUGCUUGCUGUCACAAUUGUUUUUCAUGCAAGUGCUGAAGAUUCAGAGGUUGAAGCACUCUUAAGCUUUAAACUUUCUGUGGAUGAUCCUCUUGGGGCACUGAAUAACUGGAAGGCGGGCACAAACGUUUGCCACUGGAUUGGUGUAAGUUGUUCCUCAGUAGGGCGGAUCACUGGCAUACAGAUUGAUUCUCUGUCACUUUCGGGCCUUUUUCCACUUUCAACAAUCCAAGCCCUGCCUCAACUACGCAAUUUGUCUGCUUCGGGGAACAACUUCACUGAGAUCAACAUAUCACCGCAGAAAUGCUCUUUGGAGUUCCUCAAUUUGUCAAGCAACGAUUUCACUAGUCAUUUUCUAGAUAUUCUUUUGGUUACUUGCAAAGGCAUCAGGCACUUGAACCUCUCACACAACAAGCUAAGAGAAAUUUCGCUGAAGGGAUCAAUCGGGCAUGUUAUGGUUUCGGUUGAUUUAUCUCACAACAGAAUCAGUGGCUCAAUACCUGCUUCCUUUUUCGCAUCGUGCAAGAGCUUGCGGUUUCUAGACAUAUCGAGCAAUCAGCUGGUUGGAGGGGUGCCUGAAGAUAUGUUUAUAAACUGCAGAAGCUUACAAGAGCUUUCAUUGUCGUCGAAUAAUCUGACAGGGGAACUUUCUGGUCUACGUUCAUCCACCAGUCUUCAGAAGCUCAACCUGUCUACCAACUUCUUCACAACAUUUCAGAUAGACCACUGUCCUAGUCUGGAGGAGCUGGAUCUCUCGUUUAACAACAUUUCUGGGACAGUUUUUCGGAAGGAUUGUGCUGCUUUGAAGAUGCUCAAUCUAUCAGACAAUCACUUAUCUGGACCAUUCCUCUCGGUAUUUGCCAAUCGAAGUUUAGCUACGGUUUUUAAGUCUCUUCAAGUUCUCCAAGCCGACCACAACAACUUUAUAGGUGAACUCCCUACAGUUCCUCCAAGUCUUAAGGUUCUAGACCUGAGCUGCAACUUGUUCAACACUGGCAACCCAAGCAUCUGCCCUGCAAGGUCCUCACUUAAGUCUUUGCUGCUGAUAUAUAACAGGUUGCAUGGUCGGGUUCUGAACUCAGCCAUGAACUGUGGUAAUCUGGAAAUGCUUGAUAUGAGCAUCAAUUCUCUAGCAGGGCCCAUUCCAGUGGAUAUGUGCAGCAGACUCCCGAAGCUUCAACAUCUUCUUCUUUGGGGGAACAAUCUUGAAGGCAGCAUACCCGCUACAAUCAGCAACUGUAGUGAGCUGGUGACACUAAAUCUCAGUUUUAACAAUAUCACAGGCGUCAUUCCUCAGCAAAUAUCUAGGCUGAAGAAACUCAGCCUGCUGUUUCUGAGCAACAACAUGAUAUCUGGAGCAAUCCCGGCAUCUAUUGGAAGUAUGCUGAGCCUUCGAUCUCUUUUACUGAGUCACAACAAGCUUCAGGGUGGCCUACCAAGCGAGCUGAGGAACAGCAACGUUCUAGUCCUGCUUUUAGUGAACGACAAUCAGUUGACAGGACAAAUUCCAAGCUGGAUCGGCCGCUCAUCAGUCGUGGAAGAGGAUGAAAUAACCGAAAUAACCUUCCCGUUUCUGAUGGUGUUUGCAAUCAACAUAGAGGCAUCCAUCUGCAAAGCUUAUGAGGAGGUUUUCAUACUGCAAGGGAUCCGCUUGGAUGACUUUGAGCAACUUCCGUUUGCAACCAGAUGCAGAAGAUGGUUCUUUCUGGCACCUCCUGGUUUCAACUUAACAAUAUAUAAUCUGGUAAACAGUCCUUUGGCUAUUGAUCUCUCGCACAACAGCUUCACUGGAACAAUCCCAGAGGAAUUCGGUGGCAUGCAAGACUUAAAUGUGCUAAAUCUCGCACACAACUUACUUACAGGGGCCAUUCCUUCCACAAUUGGAAACCUCAAGAACCUGGAGUGGCUAGAUUUAUCACAGAACUGGCUUGAAUCACACAUCCCGGACUCGCUUGGCAACCUCACCUUCCUGAAAUACUUAAACAUCUCGAACAACAAGCUUCUCGGAAGGGUUCCACAGAGUGCUCAGCUUGCAUUAUUCCCGGUGAGCAGCUAUGAAGGAAACCCAGGCCUUUGUGGCUUCCCCCUUGCAGAGUGUGCUGGUUUGCAUAAUCCUUUCCAUGGCGAUCACACAGAUGAAGACAGUGAUGAUGGACAUGGUGAUGAAACGAUUCUGGCUGCCAUUGUUGGUGGUGGUGUUUCAUGCAUACUAUGGACUUUUGGAGUUUUUUUCAGUAAGAGAUGGGAGGCACUGCUUAAACGUUUAAUAUAA